CGGUGCCCGGGCAGGCUUGGAGUACGUCACGGAAGCCCCGGAAUUAAAAACCCCGGGCUUAAGGCCACAGGCCUGGCACUUGAUUCUCACACACUUUGGAUAAAUAAGUAGCUACCUCUGCCUGCUAAGCAAGCAAGAUAGUCGUCAUUUUCGAUAUCCAAUAUGUUCGGUACAACGAUUCUGACUAUCGCUGCUGCGUUGGGCCUUGCGUCAGCGCAAACAGGGCCCGGCUUCCCUGUCCCUGCUAGAACAAGUCUCAUUGUCAGCUUUGGCAACAACACCAUCUCGCCUGCUGGAGAGCUGAUUCCACGCCCUGAAACCGUGAACCCUCCCAACAUCAGCACGCCAGUGUGGUGGGCAUCGUCUGAUCCCAACGAUCCAACUCCACCUCGCGGAGUCCUUCUUAUUGUGGAUCUCGACGUUCCGCGCAAUGGCUCUCGUGUCGAACUCGUGCAUUGGGUUGCGACAAACGUGACACUAGGAUUCUCUUCGUCGAACUCGACGCCGCUUAUCAUCCCCAACGGGCCUGUACCUUACCUACAGCCCUCCCCUCCCGUGGGCGAUGUGCCACACUCAUACAACGUCGUCGUCUUCCAGCAGCCUGCCAACUUUUCUAUUCCGGCGCAAUACAGCAACCUCACGAAUCAGCGGCUUCCAUUCAACGUGAGCCAGUUUGUCCUCGAUACCGGCCUGGGUCAACCGGUUGCUGGCAGUUACUUUCAGGUUCAGAACUUGACUGGCACGGCUACGACUACCUUUCCACCAGCACGAACACCGACAUCAACAAGUGGUGGUGAUGGAAGCUCUCCGGCGCCGUUUCCGGGUGCCGCGACACAAGUGAAGGGUGAGACGGCACUGUGGGUGGGUGCAUAUACUGCGCUGAUCGCCAGUUUUGCUGCUGUCGCUUUUUGGUAGCUCAUAACAACAGUAUGCAACGAUAAUGUCCAUAAUUUGAAGAGCUUCUGCUUCAGUACACAAAUGUCCCACCACGUGCAUUGCUGAUGUCACUGGAUGAUUCGUUAGCGUGCGAGAUUGCGACAGUCCGGGAUCGCACUACCCCGCUGCCUGGUGGGGGCAUGAGAGUCAACUGCGAGCAACAAACAUCAAUUGCGCGUCAAGAUGCAGUCGCACGCGUUAUUAGAGAAGAUGUCCAUAGAUACAAUGAGUAAAUGAACAGCUCCUGUUUG